AUGGAAGACUGGGAGGAGCUGCCGCUGACGAGCGAGGAUCAACCUCUCAGGCUCCCGAAGUAUCCCAAGAGCUACACCCAGGAUGAGGCGGACUGGAUGGCCACCGGCUUCACGGCUCGGGAGAUCAGUCCUCAGGUCAUCAAGAUUUGGCUGGUUCUGCAAGUGAUCAGCCUUCUCUUCGAGUUCAACCUUUGGCUUGAGGUGUCCUCACACCUUGCAGACUUUGAAGAUGUGCUGUCUCGGGAGUGCUCCCAGCAUCAGCUCCAUGGCAUUUGUGCAGGGUCCUCCUGGAACGCCUCGGCCUUCGAGGACUUCUCGCUCACCGGUCAUCAAACGCACUUCUUCCACUUCGCGACCAAGUCGGUGCCGCCGACAUUUCUGCUGGUAGUGGACCCGCUCAAGUCCGUCGAGGCACCGAGCGAGGACUGGCAGGAGCCAGAGCAAGAGCUGCGCGAUGUGCGAUGGUCCUUGGAGGUGCAGCGCUUGAAUCCCCCUCAGCGCGUGCCGCCAAUGAAGGCCGUGCGCGCGGGACAGCAGGUCUUUACCGGCGAGGACCUCUCCGAGGAGGCCGUCAUAGCACUGCACCUGUCAGUGCAAGCGCCUCAUUCGAUCAAUGGAGCCGUGGAGUUGACCAUGGAGUUGGCGAAGUUGCUGGUGAAGUAUCACUUGGUCUCGCCCAACCGCAUCGCGUUCCAGCUGCAAAGUGUGAGCUGCACUGACAGCGUGGGCCGCACGGCGCUGCACUUGGCCGCGGGCGCGGGGAACAAGGCGGACCUUCUACAGCUGAUCAGGCUCAAGGCGGACGUGAACCAAGCUGACUUCGCCGAGCAGACGCCGCUCUUCUCUGCCAGUGGUCCCGAUGUGGCAGAGAUGCUGCUGAAAAAGAAGGGCCAUCUUGGCCACAAGGAUAGCUUUGGAAGGACGGCCGUCUUCUCCGCAGUGAGUCGGGGACUGCCCUCCAUGGUCCGAGCGCUGAUUUCCCUGGGCGACGAUGUGCAUGGCAGGGACCGCCUGGGCGAGACGUGCUUGCACGCGGCCGAGAGGAUCUCUGAUCGAAGCGUGUGCAAGGAGAUGAAAACGCUACUGAUCAAGGAGCACGGACUACAGCCACUGAAGGAGCUCAGUGCAGAGUCGCCUGACACGGAGGUUCAGGAGAAGCCGCAGCGAUCCAGGGACCGAGCUGAAGAGGGGCGGAGGAAGAGGCAGUACUACAAGGAGAAGCGAAACGGAGGUGACGUCCUGGUCAUCAUUGACAAUGAGGAGGAGUCCGGGGCUGCAAGCAAGAAUCGCGGACGACGCCAUAGCGAUAGGAGCGAAGAUCGGCGUGAGCGCAAGAGGGAGCACCGGAAGCGCCGCCAUGAGGACCACAAGAGUCACCGUGGCAAGGGCCAUGAAGAGCACAGGGAUCACAAGAGCCGGAAGCAGCGGGAUGAUCCGAAGCAGGUCGAACGUGAGGAUCGAAAGCACCGACAUGAGGACCGUGACAAGCGUGCGAAGCCCAAUGAUCAUGGUGACAAGCGCCCAAAGCAGACGCACGGCAUUGAGUCAGACACAAAGAGCGACAAAAAGGAGGGCCAUGAAUCCAAGAGUUUGCGGCAGACUUCCCAGGCCACGCUCCCAAAGGUUCAGGAGAAGAUGCCAAAGGAUGUCAACCGCGCUGCCUUGGAUGGCAAGACGGUGUUGUUCUAUGCUGCAGCCUGGGCGGAUGCUGAACGUGUCGAAACCUUGAUUGAGCUCCGCGCUGACGUGAACGCCCGGGACGAGUUGAAGCGCACACCCUUGUUCGAGGCUGCCAAAGCUGGCUCUGCUCAAUGUGUCGAUCUGCUGCUGAGGCGCAAGGCAGAUGUCAAUGCGCUGGACGCCAGCGGCCGUAGCGCUCUCUUCUUCUCCUCUUCGGGGAACUGCGCGGAGCGGCUGCUGAAGCGAAACGCUUCUCUCGGCCAGCGGGAUGACGCCGGCAGGACCCCCCUCUUCGCAGCGGUGGAAAGCGGCUCAAAGCAGCUGCUGCUGGCUCUCAUUCACCUCGGAGGAGACGUCCACGCCACGGACAGCUCCGGUGAGACUCUACUUUCCGUGGCACAGAUUUCGGACCUCAAGAGCUCGGAAGAAAUGUGUGUCUUACUCAGAAAGGAGUAUGGCCUUGGCAUCGAGGACGUGAAGGAGGCAAGCCCUGUGGAGCCAGAGCCGGCAGAGCCGGCCCCCCACGCCCCGGCGAGCCUGGAGUAUUCGCCCUUGUGGGCUGUGGAGACACACGAGGCACCCGGCGAGACGAGUCCGGCGACCAUAAGCGCUGAAGAGGCUCUGGAUGGAUCUCACCUGAACGAGGAGUUUUCGCCUUUGGGAGCGGCGGGUACGCACGAGGUGGUCUGGACCAAGCCGUUGCAGCAAGUGCAGCAGGAGUUUUCACCUUUGAGAAGUGCAGAGCGCACUUCUGAGGCUUGCCAAGAGAGUCCGCCGACAGCGCGGCGCAAACUCCGACUAUCCAUGUCAGUUCCAACCAGCGUGGAAGAAUGCGCCGAGAGACAGGCAGAGCAGCGGGAGGUGUCACCUUUGAGGAGAAGUGCAGAGCGUACUUCGGAGGCCCCCUGCCAGAAGAGCCCGCCGACUGCGCAGCGCAAAGUCAGACUGGCGAAGUCAGCGCCAAUCUGCGUGGAGAUCGCUGAGAGCCAGGAACCGCACGAACGCCCGCCGACACAGCGCAAAGUUCGAAGUUCGGCGACGGUCGCUGAGAGCAAGGAACUCCAGCGAGAGUUGCCGGAGCUGAGUGCAGCACGCGCUGAGGCCAGCGCUGCGCUGCGGUCUCAGAGCUCCGUGCAGUGGCAAGCGAUUGUUCAAGCCUCUGGCUUCUACCGGCAUCCAGUCAGGCGCGGUAAGUGA